AUGGAGCGGCUAACCCAUGAAGAAAGGGUGCUCAACGAGCGGUCCUACGAGGACGUCCUCAGACGGAGGAGGAUGAUGUUCGCCUGUUGCUUAAUAGCUUGGCUAGCGGUCAUCAUCCUGAUAGCGGCGAUGGCCAUCCCGAAAUGGGAAGUCCUUACCUUUACGAAUAUUGAUUGGGAAAUCGUACGCGUCGAACUUGGCGUCUGGGGCGAGUGGAGACAGACGACGAACACCAGCCGACCGAUCACCGAAUGGAUCCCCCACUUCCCUGCUCCUCCCGCUCACCUGACUCGAUUGGCCGAUGAGGACUUGAAGCACUACUACCGCGCACAAGCCGUGAUCGGCAUCAUCGGCCUAGUGCUCUUGAUCGCCACCAACCUGUUGGCCAUGUACACCUUCUACCACCAUCGUUAUACCUACAAACGACUGACCGCUGCGUUGUACUUUGUUUGCACUAUGUGCGUCUUGGCUGCUAUCGAGGUACUAUCGAACAGUGUUGAUGAGUGGAAUACUACUGUCGUGGCGAAAUCACAGGACGAAACCCACUGGGACUACGACGCUGUCCGUGAAUCCGGCUACGCAAAAUACAUGGCUUACAGCGUCGUCAUCAUCUGUGCCCUCUCCUCCUUAACCUUCCUCUAUGGCUCCCACAAACAAAAGGGCGAAAAUGCCGCUACGGCCGAAUUCGAGAUCGAGGACCGUCCCAUCCAUAUGGGACGCUUG